ACCAAUUCGAAGCCGAUAGGUUCCUUAUUGAUUUUCUAUUCACCAAAAUUCCGAACCCUAGCUUUCUCUCUACACGUCCUGAUGGCUCCCAAGGCUGAGAAGAAACCCGCCGAGAAGAAGCCGGCAGAGGAGAAGAAAACCACAGUCGCCGAUAAAGCUCCGGCAGAGAAGAAGCCAAAAGCCGGGAAAAAGCUACCGAAAGAAGGUGGCGCCGCUGCCGGAGACAAGAAGAAAAAGAGGGCCAAGAAGAGUACCGAGACCUACAAGAUCUACAUCUUCAAGGUCCUGAAACAGGUCCACCCUGACAUUGGGAUCUCAAGCAAGGCCAUGGGUAUCAUGAACAGCUUCAUCAACGAUAUAUUCGAGAAGCUCGCUCAAGAGUCCUCCAGGCUCGCUCGCUACAACAAGAAGCCCACCAUCACCUCCCGCGAAAUACAGACUGCCGUGAGGUUGGUGCUUCCCGGUGAAUUGGCUAAGCACGCUGUGUCUGAGGGGACAAAGGCUGUCACGAAGUUCACGAGUUCUUGAGUGUAUGGUUGAUUGGUGGAUUGAUCUGUCGCUUAUUGUGUUUGUUUGCCGCUACCUGAGUAUGUAGGGUUAGGUUUAGGGAUUUUAGGUUUGGUUGUGGGUUCAGUUGUGAAUUUAGGUUGUCUUGAUUCAAACUUGUGUAGUGAGGGAGAUAAUGAAAUACACAACCCUUCCGGUGGGUCUGUUUUGGAACAUUUUAGGGUGAGGCUAUGGCUAUCCCACCCUUUAAAUAUUCUUCUUUAUUCCAUUUAAUUUUCUAAUUUUAAAUUAAGUUUAC